AGACGCGGGCGAGGGACAGGUUGGGUUUUGGCGGCUGACCGGCCGCCCCUCCGGAGCUCGGCGCACAAUGGCUGACAAUAAAGCAAAGUCGACCAAACCUGUGAAUAAGACUCCUCCAAAGUCUCCUUCAGAUCCAGCAAAGGACCGAGCAGCAAAACGAUUAUCCUAUGAUUCAAACAGCUCCCAUGAGGGAGCUAUGGCAGGAGAACUAAGUGCUCUGGAAGAGGCCUUUAGAAAAUUUGCCAUCCAUGGUGAUACAAGAGCCACAGGAAAAGAAAUGCAUGGGAAGAACUGGUCAAAGCUAUGUAAGGACUGUCAUGUGAUAGAUGGGAAGAAUGUGACAAUCACAGAUGUUGACAUUGUCUUCAGUAAAAUCAAGGGAAAGUCUUCCAGAACUAUCACUUUUGAGCAGUUUAAGGAAGCUCUUCAAGAACUCUCGAAGAAGCGAUUUAAAGACAAGAGUGAUGAGGAAGCAGUUCAAGAAAUAUAUAAACUAAUUGAAGGAAAAGCCCCGAUUAUAUCUGGAGUAACGAAAGCCAUUUCAUCUCCAACUGUAUCACGCCUUACAGAUACAUCAAAAUUCACGGGCUCUCACAAAGAGAGGUUUGAUCCCAGUGGGAAAGGAAAAGGCAAAGCUGGCCGAGAAGAUCUGGUGGAUGCUUCAGGAUAUGUAUCUGGCUAUAAGCAUGCAGGCACAUAUGAUCAUAAAGUACAAGGAAGCAAGUAAGGCUGAGGGUUUACAUCACAGAGGGAGAAAGGGGGGGGGAAAGAGAAUAUAUUUGUAAGAAUGAUGUAGAUGAAUCCCACAUGUUUUGGUUAUUGUGAAUGCUAAGACUAUGUUGUCAAGAAGUUGUUUUCAGGAACUGGAACUGAUUUCAACAUCUGCUGAGCUACUUGCAGCACAACGCCACUUCAUUACAUUCCUCAUGCGUAUAUUGGCAAAAAUAAACAUAUCGGUACAAAAAAUACAUAGUUUUGUUGAGCUUUAGGCAAAAAAAAAAAAGUCAAGAGCAGUUAUACCACACUUUGUCAAUUCAAGGAAAAGAUCUCAAACAUUCCUAAAUGUCCAGUUGCCCUGAUGAUGUCGAAGAGAACCUCUUGAAAAGAGGGUCUUUCGUAGCAGUCUUUCUGAAUAAUAUCCCAUUAUUUAUGCAGUUUGAUUUGACUACUGUUUUGGUUUUUUUUUAAAAUGUCUUAUACGGGAUCUGGCACUUUCCUUAAAACAUUCAACAAUAUACUAUUGGGGAGUAAGUGGUUGAAAUAUACAAGGUGCUAGCCUGUGAAUGUCAUACACCACUCAUGAAAAACUGAAAAAAAAAAAAAGCUAUUUCUGGGACAAUAUAGGUUCUAAAGUAUUUUAUGUCAACAGAAAGAGAGGGAAAAUAUCAGCCCUUACUUUCCUCCUGUCUAUACUUUGUGCUUGUUACUGCGUGUACUGUAGCAUGGUUCUGACUGGCUGGAUUUGGAUGGAGCUGUUGUACUAACCUGAGAGGAGAGGAACAUUACUAAGAAAGUCUAUUAAAGCUUUUUGCAGUCUGUUUUCAAGUUUGCACUGCCUCACAUUUGAAAUGAAGGGGGCAUUAAGCUAAUAAUGCUUUAAAAUAUUGAUUAUGACUAAACACUGCCAAUCAGAUUGCUAUUAAGUGAAUGUUAUUAUGCACGUACAUUGGCACAUACUCCCUUCAAGCUAUAACAUAUGUAAGGAAAGUUUAUGGCCCCUUGGAAUAAGGACAUUUACAAUUAAUAUCCAUGUAAUUAAGUGCAAUUUGCCCACAAAAAUAUACUAUUCUAACUGGGCUACAUUUUAUGUUAGUUUUCUUUGAAGCCAAGGGAUUUGAUUCUCUUUUCACUUUUGCCGCCUAACUGGGGAGUAAUAGUAUUGAUGGAAUGGCUUUCCACUGCUAUGGAAGGAGCGCCAGUCCCACAGGCUUAAGGUACAGGCAGCUGAGUAUGACCUGCCUGGGGCCCAGAAUGCCAAAACAGCUCAAUAGGAAUAAAAAUAACUCAUUUUUGUAUAUUGGUGAAAAAGGAGAGAAAAGGCUGGUCCAGUUUUCCGCAAGAGCUGAACAAGUACCCUGAUGUAUUACUCUGUUUCU